AUGGAUGUUGUUGGCCACAUGAAGCUGGUCAAUGGACAGACUCUAAUUAAGCGUCCCAUCCUUGACGAAACAGAAAUAUCAACCACACGGCGUGUUAUGGUUCAUCUGCAAUCACAUGAGUAUGUGCUUCCUGCUAUUAGAAUCACAACCUUUCUUUACUGCACUUACCCCGCUGCAACGGAAUUUUUCAAAAAGUUCAUGGCCUAUGAAAACACUCCAACCGUGCUUUUAGUCACCACGGUGAACCCGAAACGUCUAGGAGGUACCCUUGCCCUCAGCUCAAUGUCAUCCUCACGGGGUUUCAUGAACUAUGAUGUUCAACCAACCAUUGAUUACUUCAACUGGAUGGGUUCUAAACCAGAGAUUCAGGAGCUGGUUAAUGCGGAGGUGGUAACUAAGGCUGAGACAAUGACUAUUGCGGAAAUAUACGCCUACAUCAAGCAUGAAUCUGCGAAGGUAGCUUUUUUCGAGUGCAUAGCCACCAUUGAUGAUGUUGGACGUGACUCUGCUUGGUAUUAUAUUGCCUGCAGUGGCUGCCAUACUAAGGCCAUCAAAGGUCCUACUUCUUUGAUGUGUCCUAAAUGUGGCAACGAUAAUGUAGCCGGUGUUCCACAGUACCGUGCGAAGAUCUCUGUGUACAACAAUAACGAGCAGGCUGUUUUCGUCCUACUUGGUGAUACUGGUCGUGAGUUAACUGGGAAACAUGCAGCAGAAGAAGAAAACCAGAGAAGUCUCAGAUUCAACCAGCUUGGCUUCCUCAAAUUCUCAGAUUUGAUCUCUUGCCACCGUCGACUGAAGCUUCACCACCACACUCCUUUUGACACCGUCGCUCUUUACCACCACCACCACCAGCUCGUCACCACCAUCGCCAUCUCUCUCUGA